UUGAUGCAAAAGACACUCAGCUUCUUUAGAACGACUUUUGUAAUACUAGAUAAUUGCAUUCAGACAAUAAACUAAUUAAAAUUAAAAUAUUUUUAUCAGCAAAGAGACACCCCUGUUCAUUUCAGUUAAGCUUCAGUCUUCUGUAUACAGCAAUACAACAUGGAGGUCAGUGCUCUCUGCAUCAGACUGUUGAUGAGCAUCAUGAUUCUGCUGUUUGUACAGGAUCAGAAAGUUGAUGCAGUUUCUCUUCGCAUUGUUCCAAACAGAUUGCAGUUCUUUGAAUAUGAAUCACUAACAUUUCACUGUGAAGGAGUCAAAUAUUGUGAAGUUGUGCAUAAAUUCAGAGGGAAAAUAAAAUCAUGUAGUGAAGUUACUGAGACAAGACCAACAGGAUCAUCCUGCCCUGUUAAAAUUGUUUAUACAGACAACAAUGGAGAGUACUGGUAUGAGCCUGAAGCAGGGAGAAGGAGUAAUAUUAUCAACCUCUCUGUUACUGCUGGUCCUGUGAUCCUGGAGAGUCCUGCUGUUCCUCUGUUAAUGGAAGAAACUGUGACUCUGAGCUGCAGAAUGAAAAAUCCUUCCACCAACUUCAAAGCUGAUUUCUACAAAAAUGGACGUCUCAUCCAUAGAAGCUUCACAGGAAACAUGACCAUCCACAGGAUUUUCAAAUCAGAUGAAGGAUUUUACAAGUGUAAAAUCUCAGGAGUUGGAGAAUCACCAGAGAGCUGGCUGAAAGUCACAGACAAUAACGUGUGCCAUUCCUCAUCUGCUGCCACACCUUGCAUCAUUACCACCAUUUUAGUCAGUGCUCUCUUGGUGGCAGUGGGACUGCAUCACUUUGGCAAAGGUUACUGGAAGAGAGAGACCGGCACAGUGGAUGCAGACAGAGAAACAAAUGCUGCUGUAAGAAAAACAGGAGAUGAAGAUACAUUGCCCUCUAAACCUAGUUGCCACAGCGUAGGCCUUGGUGAUACUCAACCACAAGGAAGCUGGAACCAGCACAGAGAUGCUCAGCAGGUCCCUGCAAACCCAAAGCAGAGGAUCCCCUCAAUUCCACUAAACCACAGGUUGCUGAGAGAGAGCCGCCUGAAAAAAUAGUCACAUCUGAAUGAGAGCUUAAACAAAGAAGCAUUUUCACAUAUUGUUUUUGUUACUAAGAAAGUUGUACAUUAUCAUCUUAGUUUGGUGUUCAAGUCCAUAAACUGCUUUAGCUUAUUUUCUUGUUCAAUCAGAUCCGGCUAGUUACCUUUCCCAUGUUGUUACAACUAGAUCUAAAGUUUGAAUACAAGCAAAGGCACCUGCCUGAUAAUUAGAAGUUUAUCUUUAACCAACGUGGUCGAUCUUCUUUCCGUUUUUAGACAUGUAUGAAUGCUGUUACAAUAAAAGAGGUA